CUGAAAGUGAAACCACCGAGCAGACGAGGCUCCGCUCAAGUGUUGUUGAGGAAAUGAACUAGAAGAGUUCUGCACUAUGGAGUUUAUCAAGAACAUCUCUAUCAUCAUUGAUGAAGUUAAUUAUGAAGACCCUGGGAGAUUAAAGGAGAUUCUUCAGUCUUACAAACAUGAGAAGAAAGGCUGCUGCUACAUAGUAAAGGGGACUUUUGAGCACCUGGAGAACCUUGUAGUCGCUCUGCCGUCAGCAAGGCAUCAGCCCUCUUCUGCCACACAUCGACAGACCUUUCAGCAAGAUAGCCAUGUUUCAACUCAUGCCAAGUAUCUGGAUGUGUCUGGGGUUGUUAUGGACUAUAUUGACCAAAAAUGUGCAGACAAACUUAACAAAAUCCAAGGUACCAAGUUUCUCAUUAAGACUCAGCCUGACCUCAGAGCAGUACACAGUCAGUCCAAUAGCUUAGUACGGGUGACUUUCAGACCACGGUGCGACUCAUUCUACCCUUCUGACAGGCUUCAUGAUGACUUUGUCAUGCAGCGAUUCAUCACAUUCUACCAGAGAACUGCUUCUGACCUGCAGGUCACACCUGUCCAUUUGAGUCCACAUGAAUGUAUGGGCCUUCAGAGAAAAUUUCCACACCUUCUUUUUAAACCCAGCAAUGGAAACUAUGAAGGAACCGCCAUGGGACCUUUUGCAGAGAUAGCUAAAAUGAAUGAGUUUCUCUCACAAAAUAUACAGAGUUCAACCAAGAGCCCAGUCAACAAAGUUCUUGCAGACACUCCAAGCAGCAGAACCUUGGGUCUUUCACCUACAUGCAGCGAAGAUCCUGAAGAGGAAACAUGUCCAAUCUGUAUGGAAUCAGUACUAGCAAAAGACAAGAAGACAUUGCGAUGCAAGCACUCAUUCUGCAAAGACUGUCUGAAAAGAGCUUUCUACUACAAGCCUGUAUGUCCAACCUGUGGAGAGGUAUACGGCAUUCUGAUAGGAACACAGCCUGAUGGAGGCAAAAUGACCGUCACCCAAAACUCUUCAUCUUUGCUGGGAUAUGAGAAAUAUGGAACAAUAAUCAUUGAUUAUCACAUUCCAAGUGGCAUUCAAAAGGAGGAGCAUCCAAACCCUGGUCAGCCAUAUGAAGGUGUAUCCAGAAGAGCUUACAUUCCAGAUUCCUCAGAAGGCAGGAUGAUCCUGGAACUGCUGAGGCGAGCCUUUGAUCAGAGACUCAUCUUCACUAUUGGUCGGUCCACCACCAGUGGCAGGAACAACAUGGUCACAUGGAAUGAUAUCCACCACAAAACCUCAACACAUGGAGGACCAACUCACUAUGGAUAUCCAGAUCCCCAUUACCUCAACCGAGUUCGAGAUGAACUGAAAGUCAAAGGAAUUGAAUGAGUCAUUUGAAGGUUUGUCAACAUAUGAAUGAAAAAGAUCAUGUAAUAAAUCAUGUGAUUAUCUAAAAAAGCUAUGUACAAACAUCUCAUGAUUUUAAAAUGCACAUGUAAAUGCCAUUUUCAAUUUAAUUUGGUAUUCUGUUAUUAAUGAUACCAACUCAUAUCAAUCAAUGUAAGCAGUUUUUCUGUGUUUUUUGUUGUCUUAUUUACAUUUUAAAAACUUUGAUUCUUAAAGAUGUAUUAUUUUUCAAAAUAUUAUACUAUAUGCAUUGCAAAUUGUGUAUCAAAUGGUUUGCUAAUCAUUUUACUGUGCUAGUGCAUGUGUAGUACUGCUGAAAUGUGCCAAUGACUAACACACCAUGACAUGCAUGGAAUGCCUUGAUAUGAGGACAACAAGAAAGGAUGCAGGCCAUGUGUAUGGAAAGUGAAUCAGUUCAAAAUUCUAUGAUUUUUAACAUGUAAACAACACAUCAUCAGUGUGGUAACAUUGCACAAACAAUAUGUUAGUAUAUUUUUAACAUUGUGACAAAUGUGCAGUUGAUACAAUUACGAGUGUAGUGCUAGGCUAUUUCAAGAAUUUUUAUUUGUAUUUGUUCAAGUACUGGAGUAAACUUUUGUUGGAUA